AUGAGCUGGUCUGGGGAUGGAAAGAAAGAUGACCACUCUGUUGUUGUCGUUUGGAAGACUCAUCAACUGGAAAUUCAAGCAAAGAAGCUUAAAAAAGAGCAUCAGCAAAGACAAUUCCAGUUAGCAUCUUUGGAGGAAGCCUUGCAAAAAGAGAAGGUUAAGGUUGAAAAUGAAAAAAAAGCACUAAAGAGAGAGAAUUGGAGCUUGAUGGAAUUGUCUGAUAGUUUUGAGAAAGCAGAGCAGAAAAUUUCACACGAUCUUCAAAUGAAAGAAUUCCAGGUCAACAUCCAAUCAGGGCAGCUGAAUUCCACCAAGACAGAAGAAAUGAAAAGAUACAGAUAUGAGCACAAAAGAAUUCAGUAAACUUCAAGAGACUUGUUAUUCAGUAGCACUCCACAAAAAAGCUCUGGUGGACUUUUAACAUCAGUUCGAAGUCAUAAUGAUGCUAAUUUUGAAGAACUAGAAGACAAAUGCAAGAAAGUACAAGAAAGUAAAAGGUUAGAAUUAGAUCUGAAAACCAUCCAGGUUAAGAGUAUAAAUCAGCCUCAUUCUGAAAGUUUUUUGAGUCACAGGGAGGUUGCUUGGCAUCAGUCUUCCUCAUCUUUGUUUUCAUGGCAACAAGAAAAAACAACAUCUGAAAAUCAAGAAACACCUGCAAGGGGAAGUUCUACAAUAUCCUCUUUUCCAUGGGAAAGAGAAACAAAUUCUCAAAUAAUAUCAGAGAAGAACAAAUUUCACAUCUUUGCUGUGAAACAUAAUUCUUCACUCGUCAUCCAGCUAAUAGCACAGAACCAAGAGCUAAAUUCCAUAGUUAAAGACCUACAACAACAACUGCAGGCUCAAGAAAAAGUAAAGAAAUCCCUUAUGCAUACAUGUGAACAGCAGCUGGACAUAAUGAAGUUGCAAUUAAUAGAGAAGGAUGAAUUUCUGAAAAAAAACCCCAGAAUUAAACUGACUCAAAAGAGACUACAACUUGAUCAAGCUACCACAUGGGUCCAAAUGAUGGAGGAAGAGGUGAAAAGACUGACAAAAGAAAUGAAUUGCCAAAGACAAAAUGCUGAGAGUGCUAUUCAAUCUUUAGAAGAUAAAAUAAAGGCAAAGGCAUACCAACAGAAAAUUGGAAUUCAAGAAUGGAUGUUAAAAAAAAAUAUAUAUGCCAAUGAUUACAAUGUUGAUUUUCAACAGGUAAUGGCAGCGAAACAAUGCUUGGAACAUGAUAACAGUGAUCUCAUUCAGAUCCUGAACAGAGCAAAGCAGGCUUUAUUAGUAGGCUGAGCAAAAGAAACCGAUCUGUCAAGAAGCUUUGAGGAAGUGGAGCAGGAGAAAAAGCCGCUUCACUGUCAACAAAAAAAAUUGCAAGAGAUUCAUCAACUUGAAGAGCUAAAUACGAUGUUUCUAAAGCAGACCCAGAAUUUUUCAGAAGAGAUGAAAAAUAAGAGUACUUUUCAGGAAGUGGAGCUGAAGUUACUGAAAGAGAAAUUUAAAAAUCAAGAGAACUCCUUUUUGCUAGAGAAGCUGAAAAUAGCUUUAGCUGACAUAGAAAAGCAACAGGAUUUUACAAAGAUCUUAAGGAAAAAGAUAAUCAUAUUAAUGAAAAAAAAAAAAAAGAGAAAUAGGUGCAAUAGAGGAAGAAUACCUGAUCUAGGUGAACCUGCUUCUGCAGCUUUGCCUGUGCUUCUUGAAUCUAAGCAGAGAGAAUGUUAAAAACUGCAAAAAGAGGCUGCUGCUUUUUCUCAGUGGAAAAAUGAAAAUUAUAAUCUUAUAAAGAAACUUAAGUCUGAAAAUGAAGCUAUGCUGGCUUAUAUUAAUGACUUAGAGGGAUCCCUUCAAAGUCAGCAAAUCAAAAUUCACGAGCAUAGUGAGAAACUUGGAAUGGUGGAAAUUGAAAGUAAGAGGAAAAGCACAGAGAUCAGAGAACUUAAACACAUGCUAAAAUGUAAAAUUGCAGAAUUAGAAGAAGAAAAAAAAGCUUUUGAUGAACUUUGAAAGGAAGCAGAAUGUUUCUGUUAAAAGUUUGAAAGAAAGAUAAAAAAUAUGUCCUGUAAAAUAUUGCAGCUUACCAACCAAGUCGGUGAGCCAGAAGAAAAUUUACAGUUAGCAGCAAGUGAAGGACUGCAGAAGGAGCAAUGUUAUCAUGAACUUCUUGAUGAAUAUGAAGAAAUCUAUUGUCUUUUAAAAGCAAAAGUUACUUCAAAAAGGACAGGAGAUGCAGAAGUACAUUUGCAAAGUGGACAGGAUAAAACUGAUCUAGAUAAUAUGCAGCUUGCAGCAAAUAUCUCCGUUGCUGAGGAUUACGGUUGUGCAAGAGUUCUAGAAGCAGGAAAAACUAAGGAUCUGGCCAUUUUACUAUAUCGACUCUCUUCUCUUGAGGUUUCUUUAGUGGCUCAAAAGCAGCUAAGUUCAAAUCAGCAGCAGCAAUAUGAAGAGCCACUGCAAAUAAAGGGUGAAAUAGAAGAAAGAUUAUUUCAUGUGGAACAGAUGCAUGAAAGCUUUGUAAUAGAAACUAAGCAGCACAUUAGUAACUUGCUAGCACAUCAGCAAUCAGUUGGAAAAACUUUCUCUAUUCUUGAGGAAAGGGACAUGCAACUGCAAACUGAAAAUGAAGAGAGGAAGCAUGACAUUGAACUGCUUCAGGCAAAAUGUCAGCAAUUAGAAAAGGAGAGGGAAGUUAGCCUGAAAACUAUUUCUAGCUUUCAAGAGCAACUUGUUUCAGUCUCAUAUCAGAGAAACCAUUUGUUGGAAAAUCAAAAAGAGCUGGAACAGAAGGUAGAAGAGAAGUUAAAAUAGAUAGAGUCAACUAAGGUGCAUUUUACUGAAUUCCUUAGAAGGUUAGGGGAUGAAGUGAGAACACAAAGAAAUCUAAUUGAGACUGCAAAAUCUGAUGUAAAUCAGUUAUAAAAUGAAAAAUAUCAUCUUUUGCAGAAGCUGCAAAGUUUGGAAAAUAAUGCCGUGACUUUCGUCUUAGAAAAACUCCAAACUGAAGCAUCAGAUUAAGAAAUGAAAGAGCUGAUUGAAGGAAAGUUCAAAAUUAUUCAGAGUAAUCUAAGUUCAUCAGAAAUGGAGAAUUCAAAGCUUUCCAGAUCUUUGGAAGGCUUGUUAAUGGAAAAAGAUGAAAUUGAUGCUAGACUCAGCACAGGAAGACUGCAAUUGCAAUGUGGUAUUGAGAUGCUGAAAGUAAAAAUUGAAUCUGAUGAAAAGAUAAAACAUGACAUUGAUGAACAUCUGAAAGAGGGUGAAUGGAAAGCUGGCUCUGUUAUGGAUAAAAUAGAAGGGCUUGAAAGACAAUUGGAGAUGUCAGAGAAAGCUUUAGAACAUGCAAUUAUUCACUUGGAGACUGCUAAAACAGAGGCAGAAAUAUUAUCAACAGACAUGGAUGGGAUGAUUAAAAAGCUGAAAUGUUUUCAAUUACCAGUUGAUGUCUUCACCUCUAAAAAGUGUUUGGCUAAGGAUCUGAAAGAAAAGCAAGAAAGACUCCUUGAACUAGAAUCUUCAAGUUUGACUACAGCAAAAAUGUUAAAAGAAAAGGAGGAAGAAAAGAUGCAAAUCAAAGAUGAGUUUGCAAAUACUGUGGUAUCACUGAAAUCUGAGAUCAAAGUUAAAAGCAAGAAAUUGGAGAUUUCUCACAAGGAGGAAGCAAAUGCUAGAGCAAAAGAGCAAGACUUGAUUAAUCAGAUGGUUCAUCUUGAGGAAGAUAAAAUAAUAUUACAGGAAGUAAAAAAUUAAAAUAUCCAAUUGCAUCAAAUGAGGGAAGUGCUUGUUCAAGAAUUGUUGGGUUUGAAAUAAAAACUCAGUGAAAAGGUUCAGGAAAAAGGUGUUCUCCAAAAGCAGGUGAAAGAAAUAGAGGAGCUGUCUUCACAACUGACACACAUGCAACAUGAGCACGAAUGUUGGCACCAGGAGAAAAAAAGGCUGCAGAAUUUGAAGCUGAAGGACCAACACUGUUCUGAUAAUGAACCCUUUCUGGAUAUCCUGAAUGUUCUAAAAAUGUCUUCUAAGGACCUUGAGAAGGAACUGAAAUCUACACUUUGUGAAAAAAACACUUUAUGUGAAAAGGUAAAUGAACUGACUGAAAGUUGUAGUCAGCUACAAGUCCAACUAAAUGACACUGAAUAGAGGAUUUCCAAAUUGCAAGAAUUUGCUAUGGAAAGAAACAAACUUGCUGUACAACUUAUUCAAGAAGAUUCAGAAAAGAACGGAAUUCUUCCGCAUCUAACUAUGUUGGAAAAAAAUGAACUGACUAAGAGUUUAGAGAUAGUCCAGAAAGAACUACAAGAAAAAGAAAAUGAAAUAUCAGAAUACAAGAGACUACUUCAAGCAGAGAAACAACAUCAGCAUGCUCUGACAGAAGCAAGUUGAAAGAAUGAAGCAGAAAUUGAGACCUAUCAAAAUAAGAUGAAUUUGCUGGAGCAUUUUAUCCCCUCACAAAAACUGCAAAUAGAGCAUUUGAAGCCAAAUAAAGAAGAAUUAAAUAAUUCCCUUAAAGAAGCUAACCCAGCCUUAGGGGAACACCUAAAAACUAAGGCUGAUAAUAUUAACAUUGUAGUUCAACAGAAGAAGGAAAAUGAAUUGCAGCUAUGGAUGGAACCCUGGAAGCAGAUGGGAUAGGAAACGGAAAUGUUGCAGGAACAACUAUCUGAAAGUGAUGAACUAUUAAAGAAGAAAAAUGUAACUGUCAAAGAAAGAAGUGACUUAAAGAAGAUGCACUGUAUUGUAAAAUUGCUGAAUUCAGAUAACUCAUUAACAGUGAAUGAUCAGUCUCUCAAAGAGAUGAAGUCAGAUGAAGAUACUGUUGAAGAUGAAGAUAAGCUUUCAAGUAGAAGGCAGAGAGAUGAAGACAACAGGAAAGAUGAUGGAGAACCAAGAUAAUCAGUGCCAGAGACUUCAACAAAAAGACCUAGGAAGAAUAAUAUCUGUCAAAAUCUGCUGGAUCAGGAGAACAUAGACUGGAUUCCAAAAGAACUAUUGUUAAUAGAAGUGCUGUAUUUUUCAGGGUUUGCUGAUAUCUCCCCUAGAAGGCUUAACCCUACCAUUUCAUGGAGAACAACCCCAAGUUAGAGAACCAGCACCCAUCUGGCUUCCCCAAAUGAGAAAUUCCUUUUGCCUGUGCAAGAUGUACAAGACCACAGACCAGAUAAUCUUGGUGAGCACUCCUGUUUGACACCUGGUGGCAGCAAACCACAACAGAAACAAAUGGAGGAUGUUGCUGCUUGUGUGUUCAGCAGUGCAAACAAGAAAGGAAGCCUUAGCAGCAGAAAGUUGCAUAGUAAAUACCUGCCAGCAUGGUGGAAGCUUGUUGUAGGCUUUGGCUGA